CGUUUUACCGCCAAAUUGUUUUUUUUUUGUUUCUAGCUAAAAUAAACGGCUCUUUGGUGUAUUCCAUUAUCAAAUAAUGUCGACCGAUAAAGGAUUUGAAUUAAUACGAGAAUUUGAACGUUCUACUGAUCCAAUACCAGCGUUUAAUGUGUGUAAACUCGUCUGCAAUGUGUGUUGUGUACCAUUGGUUUUAAGGUUGCUUUUCGAUUCCGUUUUCCAGGACGAUGGCGUGCGGUCGGUGCUAGAGGACAUAUCAAAGAUAUAUCAAGAAAACUAUGCACAUGCUAUAACGUUCAAUGAAACAGGCGAUCGAAAAUUUCUUCCCCUCGUUAUGUAUCGCCACAAUCUGAUAAAACGACAGAAACGAUGUGUGCUGGCGUACCUCGCCAACCGUUUAUUUCGUCUGAAGCGUCUUCGCUGGCACGUGGGUCCGAUUUUGCCAGCGGAAAUUAAGGCUUGCAUCAACGAACCGGAAUCGAUAUGGUUCAACAAAUAUUCGAGAAUACUUGCCGAAUAUAUGGCCUCCAUUCACGAUGGGUACGGUUUGAAUCUGACGAACGAUAUCAAACCACCGAAAUCACUUUACAUCGAAGUUCGUUGUUUGACCGAUUACGGAAAGUUCGAGCUGGAAAAUGGGGAAAUUAUUUUGCUUAAGAAAAACAGCCAACACUACCUACCGAAGCUUCAAUGCGAACAGUUAAUUCGGCAAGGCAUUCUACAACACAUUACUUAGCAUGGCGUUCGGUAUGUUUCCAUUCAUCAAUCUAUUAUCCACUGAUUCGCAUUGCAACAUCUCAACAAACACCCGAUAGUAACCCGUAACCGUGUGAAUAAAUGUAACAUUUUUCUUACAAAA